AUGACCCUCGAUAAGAAAGCUAUGGAUCCAAUUACAUCCCACACCACUGAAGUGGUAGAGCCUCAAAAGAAGGGUACUACGAAACAGCGCGCGGAUGCGCUCGAUGAGACAACUAUUAGGUUGUGCUAUGCUAUGGAAGAUCUCGAGGAAAAAGUAGAGAUGGCCAAAUCUGAGAUUCCAAUGACUGAAGCUGCUGCAAUCAUUCUUGAUCUGCAGGAUGAAAUGGAAGCGUUGAGAGCUCAAUUGCGGUACUUUCUAGCAGCUUUGAUCGAAGACGAAGCUAGAAAGGAAGCGAUUAGAUCGCAGUUUUUCCCAGUAAAUGUCAAGUAUCAGGCUCGACGAACACUUCGAGACCUGAAACACACGAGCUCUAUCAGGGAGUAUGUGAAAUCCUUCUCAAGGCAUAUGCUGAAUAUUCGAGCUAUGUCGGAAAAGAAUAAGCUCUUCACCUUUAUGGGAGGGUUGAAACCGUGGACACGCACAGAACUUCAAAGAGAGAAGGUUACUGAUUUGAGCACGGCCAUGGGAGCCUCUAAAUGCUUGAGCGACUACCAAACAGAAUCUAAAAAAGAUCGACCUUCGGGGAGUAAUCAAGGAAACUAUCAUAAUAGCCGUCAAGGAAAUUUUAACGGCAGCAACAGUAACAACUGGAACAAAGGAAAAGCAACGGAGGGUCGAACUGAUGCCACUCCUAAAUUGAAGUGCUUUUUAUGUGAUGGACCUCAUCGGGUGUCGGAGUGUCCUCAAAAGCGGAUGGUGAAUGCAUAUUGUCAGUUAGCAAGUGGCGGGUCAAGUUCAAAGCAAGAGGCCUCGCAGGCUAAUUGUCAUAAUGAGACUGACUCUGAAGAGGAUGAGGACGUAGUUGGGGCAUUUUCACAUCGGUGCAACACACUGUCGUAUCGGGUUGCUGAAAAGGAUGAUGUCCCAUUGAAAGAGAUAAAGAUGGAAGAAGCGAAGGCUCGAAUUUAUAGGGCCAAAGGCUUAAUGUACAUUGAUGUAAAAAUCAAUGGGAAGCCAAUCAGGGCUAUCGCAGGUACUGGUGCUACCCACAACUACCUUGCAUGUACCGAAGUAGAGCGGCUCGGACUUGUUCUAGAAAAGGGUAGUGGAAAAGUCAAAGCAAUCAACUCCACUGCUCAACCAAUAGCUGGAGUGGCGAAAUCGAUGUUGAUUAAAGUAGGUCCUUUCGAGGGAAGGACAAAUUUAUCUGUUGGGAGGAUGGGCGAGAAGAGUAUCUCAGUCAUGCAAUUUAGUAAGGGUUUCAAGAGAAAUGAACCCUUUUUUUUGUGCACUCUUCGAUUAGAGGAGAUCAAAGAAGCAAAUGGUCCUAUUCCAAAACCAGUUAAAAGGCUUAUUCGGGAAUUUGAGGAUAUUAUGCCGGAAGAAUUACCGAAGAAAUUACCACCAAGAAGGACGAUUGAUCAUGAGAUUGAACUUAUUCCAGGUGCCAAACCUCUCGCCAGGGCACCAUACCGUAUGUCUCAGCUUGAGCUUGAAGAGCUUAGGAAGCAAUUGGGGAAAAUGUUGGAGAGUGGAAUCAUUGUGCUUGCGAAGUCGCUAUACGAAGCUCCUGUAUUGUUUCAGAAAAAGGCCAAUGGUUCUUUUAGAAUAUGCUGCGACUAUCGAACCUUGAACAAGAUUACUGUAAAGAAUAGCUAUCAUAUCCCACUAGUUGCGGAUUGCUUCGAUCGACUGAAUGAUUUUGUCGUGGUGUACUUGGAUGACAUAGUACUCUACAGCGAGACAUUGGAGGAACAUGUCCAGCAUGUGAGGCAAGUUUUUAAUCGGCUACGAGAGAAUGAACUUUAUGCUAAGCCGUCUAAAUGCUCAUUUGUUCAGACAUCUAUCAGUUUCUUGGGUCACAUCAUUGAAUAA